AUGGUGAUAUCUUUCUCCGUGAGCUCUUUAUCCCCUUCAGAGCCGUCUGUGCCGCGGUCCCUUUUGAAGGCCCUGAAGCCUUCUCACUUGCCAGACAAGCUGGAGGAAAGUACUAAGAGGACCCAGGGCCAGCCGUGCGGGGCCACAGAGGUCAUCGUGCCAGAGGGAAGGCCCAGUCAGAACCUGGGGGCCAUCCUGGAGGUGACCCCAAUCAACUGGAAAUACAGCUUCUCACCAGACAUAGGGAGUCAUGGCAGCAGAAGCCCCCCUAGCUGGCCAGCCCAGCCCAAGCCCAAAGGCCACCGAGCUCUGCCAACUGGCUCCGCACUGGAACGGGGGGGGGGGGGGGGGGGGGGGGGGGGGCGGGGGGGCAUCCUUCUCACACUGGGCGCCUCCCACAUUGCCAUCGGGGUGCUGCGCGCGGUCCUCGGCGGCUACCUGGCCUUUUCAGUCAAGAACCUCCACCUAGUGACGCUGAAGUCUUGGUACCCAUUCUGGGGACCUGCCUCCUUCCUCUUUUCAGAGAUCUUGGCGAUGGCAGUGGCGGAGGUUUUGAAAACCUCUCUGAAGGCGCUGUGCCUGAUCGCCAACCUCCUCAGCUUCCUCUGCGGGCUGGCCAGCCUCUUGGUCCUGUCCAAGGACCUCUUCCUGGAGAAAACAAAUCCGUGGGCCCCGAUCUGGAGACCGUACCCCAACAGCACAGUGCACAUCCAGAGGCUGCAGCAGGUCCUGUUCAGCCUCACCUGGCUGGAGCUCUUACUGCCCGUGGUCACGGCCGUCUUCUCCGCCGCGGACGACGAGUCUGCGGAGAGCGAUGACUUGCCCCCGGUGCCGCCGCCGUGGAGUUGGUGA